GUGCUGUUGUAAGUGGUAGGAGCAAAAGAUUAUGCCUAAAACAUUGAUGUAUCAAUUAGCUUUCAAAUGCCUAAUUUAGAAAAAAAAAUGCUAUUAAGGACUUGCUAUUAACUUUCCAUUAAUGCUAGCAGAAAUGAAUUUCUCACAUCUACUUUUUCCGCUUUCCUUCCCGCAAUCAACAGUUUUCUUUUCCUUUCUCAGAAGGUUUUUCAAACUGAAAUAUCUGUGUAUUGACUCACUUGUGGAGAGAGUCAACUCUCUGUUUCAAUUAUGAAUGAGAUUCAGAAGAGUUGUAAGUUCAAACUGCAACUCUCUGGGCUUUGGAAGACUCCCUCUCCAUUCACUUUCCACCUGUCAAGACUUGCAUAGCUCAAAGUUAACCAUCAACAUAUCCAAUCUACAACAUUGUGCUGUUCUCACUGAAGGCAAGGGAAGUUUCCAUUGGCUGUUUCUACAAGGUCCAGUCUUGCAAAGUUUAUUCUCUUUGUGGAGAAAAAAAGCACUGUCCUGUCCUGUGGCUUUCAGAACAAGCAAGAGCAAUUCAAUUGCAUUUUUUUUUUGGAGAAGAAGUGAGAAGUAACUCAAGAAAAUGACUCUGAGGAUUUUUUUUGUGAUGUUGAUCAUGGAAUCUGCCACUGGGAAGCUGUGUCCCAUUCGCACCUCCAUUGAUGUUCUAGAAGGGGAAUAUUUUUUCCUUUGUUACGUUGAGUCAAGGCAAGAACAUUUUCAGGAAGCAGCAUCUACAAUAAACUGGUACAAAGAAAGUGCUGGAAAACAGCAAGUGAUAAAGCAAACACGCAGAAUUGUUACACAAAUGAACCUUCUGGAGUUUUGGCCCGCUGAACUCAGUGACUCUGGGAAUUACUCUGUCAUUCAUAGCAAUGGAAAACAAAAUGUCACAAUUCAAAAGUGGACACUGAAUGUACUUGAAAGAAAUAAAAGCAGCUGUUUCAAUGAAAAUCAUUUAACUACAGAGAUUAAAAGUGCUGGAACUGGUCAUUCACUGAAAUGCAGCGAUUUGUCUGUCUAUGAAAAUGACAGCAUAACAUGGUAUAAGGACUGUAAGAAUUAUGAACAUGAAACAGAGAAGGAACUAAAUUUUAGAGCCUUAACAGUACAGAACUCUGGGAUAUAUACCUGUAAAAUUUUAAUCAGUCAUGAAGGAACAAUAUAUCACAGCACAAAUACAAUUAAACUUGUAGUAGAAGAAGACGCACCGGAGGCUUUUACUUUGGAGAUACUUGGAACUCAUGAAAAAUUUGAAACAGAAAUAGGUAAAGAAGAGAUACUCAAUUGCACAGGUUCCUUGGGUUAUUAUAUGCGAGAAGAUGCCAGCCUCUACUGGUUAAUUAACCAAACGUUUCCAGAACAAUGCACAGGUAUCCCUGAGAAUGAACCUUCAAUAUGUGAAGAAGAACUCAAAACACUACAGUUGGGAAAGAAGUUCUAUAUCACAAGGCUACUACGGAUUAAAAAAGUAAGAGAUGAGGACAUGCAUCAUAAUUUCACCUGCAUGUUGCAAGCUGAUGAAAGCACACAGAUAAAAAUAGUAAAACUGAAGAAAGGGAAGAUUCAAGACUUGCCAGUGCAUGUAUUUACCACUGGAAUGGUCCUUGCUCUGCUAUUUCCAUUUGUUGCCAUGGCUGUGGUGUUUGUGUUUGUGAUGUUUAGGGUCGACUUAGUUCUAUUUUACAGAAAUAUUUGCAGGAGAGACGAUACUGCUGGAGAUGGAAAAGAAUAUGAUGCGUUUGUGUCUUACUUGAAAGACUGUGUUUCUCCUACUGAAGAAGAGAGAGAAUUUGCUUUGAAGGUAUUGCCCAUGAUAUUAGAAGAAAACUUUGGGUACAAGUUAUGUAUAUUUGAGAGGGAUGUAUUCCCUGGAGGGGCACUCAUUGAUGACAUCCAUUCAUUCAUUGAUAAAAGCAGAAGAUUAAUCAUUAUACUGAGCCAGAACUACAUUUCUGACAGAGCCAUAUAUGAACUUGAGAGUGGACUGCAUAAAGCCCUAGUUGAAAGAAAAACUAAGAUCAUAUUAAUUGAAUAUAUGCCUAUAAGUGACUACAAUUUCUUGCCAGAAUCACUGUCACUUUUACCAUCAAAAAGGGUGGUGAAAUGGAAAAAAGAUAAAUCUCUUCCCGUGAAUUCCAGAUUUUGGAAGAACCUUCGGUACCUGAUGCCAGCAAAACCUAUCAAGACAAAGACCAAAGGGCACUAUAGUAAUCUUGACUUAGGCUCAGAAGCUCCUCAACCCUGGACUGAGGGCUGUGACCCUAAUGCAGUUAUAUAACAAUUCUGGAGACAGAAGAUGCAGCAGAAAACUGCGUGUUUUACUAACUAAUAGAACUAAAUAAACUAAUAUUUUGGGAAAUAGCUGAUUUAGAGGCCAGCUCUGAGAUCUGAUAAGAAUGCAGAAGUCACUGCAGUGGCCAGGAUGAUGUUAACCCCAACUGAUAAAUCCUAUUCCAGAGAAGGCUUCCUCAGCAAUCUGCACAAGAAAUAGAAGUUUCAUUCUGCUUAGGACUUACCAUAAGGCAUGAAGCACAAUGAAAAACAUUUUUAUUUCAUUAUUUUCAAUGACGUAGAAAGAUGCUAUUUUUACUUGCAUAUUCUUUUUAGGGCCUACAACAAAUAAAUCAGUACUUGCAAUCUCUUAUUAAGAUGCUCUUUGUUUUGUACUUUGGUAUUUUCUAAGGAUUGUAAGUAGACCUAAAUAGCUCCUGCCUUUAAGAGCUUGGCAUGCAGGCUUUGGGCAACAUCAAUUAUAAAAAAACCCAAACCAAUAGAGAAAAGGGAGGUUAGAAAUAGGGCAGUUUUGGAUAGUUUAACAGCAUUUACAACUGAAUUGCACAUGUUCUACAACUGGGAAUUAUUUGAAGGAAUGGUAAAGACUGUUUACAUCCUAUUUCACUGAAAAGAUUACAAAUGCUCAUUUUAACAGGGGGAAGAGAGGGGUGGGAUAGAAAUAUCAGUAUUUUGCUAAUGUAUGCUGAUGCCACACUGGAACCAACUGCGCAGAGAGGUUGUAGAGCCUCCCUCAGUGGAGAUAUUCUUUAACUGACUGGACAUAAUUCUGUGCAAUGUGCUCUGGGAUGACCCUGCUUGAGCAGGAGCUCAGACCAGAUGUCCCACUGUGGUGCCUUCCAAACAGACCCAUUCCAUGUUUCUGUUAUACCCUGAGCUGUCUUCAGCUGCUGCAUGUAGGGGAUUUAGGUGAAAAGUAGCUCUUCAGUGUGUAUAUACACUCCUAAUCCUUUGGAACUCCUCUCUUAAUAAUAUUUUUUAAAACAAUGUUAGAAGAGCUAUUCAAAACUAUGCUAAUCCUCCCUUACUAUUAGCUGCCUGACAGAAGAUAUCAAUCUGACAUAAAAAUAUCCUGGAUAAAAUGGAACCAUAUUUCCUCCAAGCAUCAGUAGGGAAAAGUGAAGGGAGAAUCACUUCCAAAAUCUUUUGUCAGGUUUUUAGGAGACCAUCAAGGCUCUGCCCACUCUUCUCAUUGCCUUGCAUGCCAUUACUGCUAGUUUUGAGAAGGCAUCUCUUUUACAGUGAUACUUAAUUCACAGAGGUGGAGGAGCUCCAUUACCUUCUCAGUGCACUUGAAAACACAAUUGAGUGUUGAGUGUCAUGACAAUGUCUCAAGUUUCAUGGGAAUGAAACAUUGAUUGUCAAAUAUCCUUUCAUCAUGCAUAGUUUCUGGAAGAUGUUUAGGUAAAAGGCUAAGUAUAGAUUUCCAAAAUGGGAGACAACACUGUUUCCAGGUUAACAGGUAGAUGGAAAAGGAUCAAAGAAAUAAGGCAAACAUCUGUAGUGACCUUCAGAUCAGCUCUAGGAGGUCUCCUUUCUGUCAGACAACUAAAGAGUUAUGUAAAUGUGGUUCAUAGUCAAGAAAUCAUUCUCUGGUGUAAGCUUUUACUGAAGAAGAUUUCUCCUCUGGAGAUGCGUGCCUUUACAUUUCCAAAUCUCAAUACUUUCACAAUGUUCAGUUCUUCUCUACCAGUAUUUCCCAUGUUUUCUAGUCACAGAUAAGUUUGGACAUUCUCUGUCAGCACAGAAAUGCCAUCAGACAUACUAGGCACAUCAAUAUUCUGGCCAAACAUCUUACAGAAAUGUUAGUAACUCUCCUAAUACUUAACUGAGUUAUUAAACUUUCUCCUCAGCCAUGCAGUUUUUAAUAUAAUGUUGUCAAUGUAUUGCCUAACAAAUUAAAGGUCAAACAUAUUUUAUUACACAUGUGACUAUGGAUGGUGCCCAGGGUUUGUUAAUAGCUCUGGACCAAGCCUACCUUCUAUGAGAAUCAGCUCCUAUAAAUUGAAAUGGAAUUUGUCAUGGAUGCCCCCUCACCUCAGCUUGGAGAGACAAUGUGACUGCAUAUACCUGCUAGACCUCAUGAAGAUGUACCCUAAACCUGUGACACCACACUGAAUUUGACUGCCCUGAGAUUUUACAGAAUAGCAGAGGAUUACACAUAUCCUCUGUUGAAAGCUAAAUGGCAUAAUCUCCCAAGUUGUUUGAAUGCCAGCAAAGCAGACAUACAUUGAAUGACUCAACAUCUGUAAAAGUGGAAAUGUUUUUGCACAAAAGGGUAUCAUGGAACAGUCCCUUUAUAGAGGAUCCUCACUGCCCAUGAUGCAGUGGUGAAGGAGGACAAGGGAAAUUAAGGAUCAUUGGUAAAGGGGAACAAGGGAAAUUAAGGUUAUACAUACUCAUACUAAUGCCAGAUAUUGUUCUUAUUGCUUUUAUAUUAUGAAUUAUUGACAUUAAUCAGACCUUGGAAAUGCCUGAUUUUUGUUUGCCAGUCCAUAGAGAAAAGGAACUGCUAAUAUUACUUUUGUAGACUGUAGUUGUAAUAAUUUGCCUCAUCAUGUGUAAGUGAAUUAACAUGAUAGUUGGUUUGAGGUAAUCGGUCAUUUGGUUGGAGGUAAUGGGUCAUUUCAGUGAUUCAUACUGUGGGUUUUGUUCACUUUUGCACUUAAUAAAACUAUAUUUCUCCUUC